GUCCGCUGCCUACCUGUUCCUCCCCCCCCCCCAGUCCAGGUACCGGGCCAGUCCAUCAGAUUGGUCCUCGAGGGACUCUUCACACUUCAGGCACAGCAGUGCAUGACACUGCUCACUCGAUCACAGACCAAGGCCAUGGACCGGAAGGCGGGAGAAUCCCUCCUGGUCUAUGAGGGAUGCCUGGCGGCAUUCAUUCAGGAGGCCAACGAUAAGGCUGCCGCCGCGGCCAAGGAACGUAAUCGGCUUGAACAAGAGGAGGAGGCCAAGCGACAGAAGGAGGAACAGGACCGACUUCGUCAAGAAGAGGCAGACCUGCAGGCGGCAGCCGAACACCGGUCACGCCAGCGGGAACGACUGUUCACGCGGGAGACCGUGAUCGGCGAUGAGGCCGCACAUUGGGUGGAAGAGGCAUUUGCAGACGGGGCCGCGGAGACUGAGAAAGGGCUGUCAGCCCUUGCGCAGGUCUCCCACGACCUCGUGGCCACCUGCGCUCUUCAGCAGGACGAAAUCCUUCACCUGCAGCAGACAGUGGACCAAAUGCUCGCACGGCUGCAGGCGUUGGAGAAACAGCCAGCUGCUGUAGCAGCCGCAGGGCCUUCCAACCUUACCACCUGUGUGCAAGUUUUGGAGGAUGACGUCAGCAACAUCAAGCGUGUGCAUCCGGACUUCCGGACGUCGCAGCAAGCAAUGAACUCGCAGUUGGAGACGCAGGUCCAGGCUGCUGCCACCGUGACGCCCGCCGCCGCAUCCUCCCGGCGCCCACCCAAACUGGAUGACAUUCCAGUUUUCUGCGAUCAGUCCAAGACGGAACCGAUCCCGUGGUGGCGCCAGUUUACUCUCAGGCUCGACAUGCAGCAUGUCCCGAACAACGAUCGACAUCCGUGCUUGUACCACCGAUCUGGUGGUGCGUGUCAAGCAUGGCUGGACAACAUCUUGACCAGCCACGGCGUAGCAGUGUCGGAACUGCACACCAAGCUCACUUGGCAGGAGUUGACCGACGCCUGGCACAAGCGAUUCCAAGUGGAGCCGCCCGACCUGCAAGCGAUGGACAAGCUCAACAAGCUCCAUCAGAACACGCUGCUCAGUCAGGACURGAUUACCGAGUUCGAAAGACUCGCCUCCACACCUGACCUGCCGCUCGCAUUCUGCGUCAUCAAGCACUUGUUUAUCAUGCGCUCGUGUCCAGCUCUGCAAAACGCGCUGACGCAGAUUGCAGAGACACUCGACACAUCUGACAAGCUUUUUAACACAGCAUCACGGAUCAUUCUCACGAAUAUCGAAGCCCGCAACGUCGGCCGAUCUUCCGCGACGACGAGCGGCACCCAGCCCAAGCCAAAGGUGGCUUGCAUUACUUCUACCGAGGCUGCAACACCAAACGAGGGUGAAGUGUUGGCAGCUGCYCGGGAUGGUGGCCGGCCGCGCAACGAUCACGGCCGCGACAAGAGGAAGACUCAGUCCACCUCUACACCGAGCACCGGAUCAGCCGCCGACGAACCUUGGGCACAAUACGAACUCUCGGCGAAUUCUUAUCGCACGAGACUCAAGUACCGUUACUGCCUUUGGUGCAACAACACCAUCCACGAUGCUGCGCAUUGCCCCACCAAGGGGAAACCUCACGAAGUCGCGGUGGGGAACAUGCUUGGCUACGUUGCCAAGGUGGCCCGCGAGUUUGUCUUGCAACGGUACGAAGAAAAUAACGCACCGUUGCUCUACGUUCGCAUUCAGAUUGGGCAAGCGGCCUGCAACGCCUUGCUAGAUUGCGGCGCAACUCGCAACUUCAUCAGCCAGUCCUUCAUGACUCGGGCUGGCCUUGGCGCACAAGUACGGAGGAAGUCACAUCCGACGACGGUCGCUCUUGCCGACGGUAAGACGAAACAACUUUUAGACCGUUACAUCUCGGCUGUCCCGGUGUACUUUGCACCGCACGCAUGUGAACCCGUCACUUUUGAUGUGUUGGACACCGACUUCGAUAUCAUUUUGGGGAUGCCUUGGCUUUCUAGCGCGGACCACACGGUCAAUUUCCAUCGACGCACGCUUUGGGUUGAGCGCUUGCCAGACGUUGAGUUGGCUUACAACUCAUCGAUCCAUCCGGCUAUCGGGAUGUCGCCAUUCGAGUUUGAGCAUGGUUCACCCAUCUCAUCGCCGCUGGACGCCACUUUGUCGCGCACAGCCGAGAGCGACGACCAUCUUGCGUUCCUUCGUCGCAUGCAAGAGCUUCUUGUUAAGGCACGGGAUCAGAUGUCGAAGAUGCAAAUACGGAUGAGCCGUCAAGCCAACCGCAAUCGCCUUCCUUGCCCGWUCCGCGCCGGCGAUCUGGUUUGGGUCUCCGCCGCGGAGUUCAGCCUCGAGCAAGACAUCUCUCGCAAGCUCCUUCCCAAGUGGAUGGGGCCUUGGCGCAUUCUCUCUGCAGUUGGUGAUGAUCCCGAGGGCCCUUCAUUCCGCAUCGCGGUGCCACCUCACUUGCCCAUCCACACGGUGUUCCACUAUUCCAAACUUGCUCCUUUCAUCUCAGCGGAGUCCGAUGAGUUUCCCAGUCGACGUACGCAAGACCCUCCUUCCAUGGACGGAUUUCAGGAGGCCUGCUACAUCAUCACCGACCGGCGCCAUGGCAACAAAGAAACAGAGUUUCUACUUCACUUUUCCUACUGCAGCCACAAGGCUGACCGUUGGCUGACGCGUUCGGAACUGCAGGCCACAGAUCCCGCCGUUCUCUCACGUUAUCUUAGCAAAGGGAAGACUACGUCGAGCACUCCAGCUCCUCGCCUUCCUCGCUACAUUCCGCCAUCGGAUCGGCAGCUUCGCCCGCGCCCUGGCUCGUCUUCAUAAGGAGGGGGGCGUGUUACAUACUGAAAGCCUACACACGGGCACCUCACGGGACCCGAGGUUGGAAUAGGGCCCCCAGGUCG